AUAUUAUAUAAGCUAGAGGAUAAUAGCUUAGCCCCCGUAAGUACGUACGCGGGUACUUAUAUUAUUUUUACCCUAUUUAUUAUAACUAACGAUACUAAGCUACGAUUUAAAAUUAUAAAUACGUACGUAUAUAGCCUACGAGGUAUUUACGGACUAUAUAUUAGUAUAUUUAAGUUAGCGCUCUUAAUAAGCUUCUUAAUUUAG